AUGGCCCCAAAAAGUUCUCCAUACAAAUAUCUCACUGGGUUACAUCAAGAUGGUGAAAUCCCCACUGUAUUAUGGAACACUCUAGCCCAUGAUGUGACACCCCUCACUUGGAGGAACAAGGUCCUGACCAGCACGUGACAGACUCUCUCAGUAUCCUAUGUGGUAGUUUCAACCUUUCUGCAUAGCAUCUCACAUUUUGAAAUGUAUGAUUGUUCCUCAUUUCAGAUGGCCCUAAAUGUCAUCCACUUCUAGUCAUCACCCUUCAAUACCCAUUUCAAUGGCAAUCUGUCCACCAUGACAUCUCUCUAGUAAAGUGGGAGCUGAGAUUUCCCUAGCAGAAAUGAUCAUUCAUGUGUAUAAAAAGAACAAGUUGAUCUCAAAGGGGUAACCUCUCAUUUUAGGAUUCUUCAUUCAAUGAAACCACAACCUUCAUGUGAGCAGCAGUCAGGUUUUGGCACUCCAUCUACCAUGGUAUAAGGAAGAAAACCCAAUCCUUCCAACUUCUAUUUCUUUUGCUCUACUCCGCACAGAUGAUCCUGCCAUUGCAGAGUCUUUGUCGUCACCGUUCACUGUUGCUGCCACUGCACAAUAUUUUGUCAUUUCUGUCCACCAUUUCUGCCACCUUCAACUCUGUAGUGGACGCAUUCCUGCAUUAAAACAUUUUCACUUUUAGUGGGCUACCAUGGUUUUACAUUCAGAUGUACGGUCCAGCUGGUUGAAGAACACUCCACACUACAUGUUAUUUUAUGCAGCCCAAGUGUUCUGGAGGCUAAAAUGCUGCCCACGAAUAGUCAUACCCUCAAAUUCACAAUCACUUCAAAUCUCCCAGUGAAUAGCUCCGGUUGACAUAGGAAUCUUGUGAAAAGCAUACGGAAAAUUGGAUCCAUAAUCAAGGGAAAGGAAUAGGCAUAGAAAGUAGCCUUAGUUCUAGUGGAGUGAAGCUCCGAGUUCAUACAUGCAUUAAAUCGGAAACGUCCUUUGCAAUUUUCUACAUUUAAUCGCAAUCUUAUUUCUUAGUUUAUCUGUACAGCUUUAGGUGCUGAAGACAUUAUGUCUGUAAAUGUCAUUUUCAUUAUAUUCAUGAUAUCAGAUCGAGCUUGAGGCAGUGAAAAUGGAAUCUACAAAUGCCCAAUUGGAAUGCAGUGCGGCUGAUGAAAGAGCGAAAAUACUAGCAUCUGAGGUCAUUGGUCUAGAAGAGAAGGUAAUUGAUCCGUUUUCAGUCGUCUUUUGUUUUAUUUGUACUUCUCCCUAUCAAUAACUACUCGAGCUUCAUAAUAUGAUAAUGGUCAAGAUGGCAAGAUUGGUUUAUGUAAUAUCAGGAAUUAAAAUAUUUAAGUCUUUCAUAAUUUCGUGUCUCAUUUAUUCUUGUAUAUCUGGAAUUUCAAGUAGAUCGGGAACCUUCUUCACCUUUUAUUUAAAGUGGGUUGUGCCACAUCAUCAUUAACCACAGGAUAAAUUUCAAUAUUAGCUUCUUUAAUAAAACGAGCUACAUCAAAUUGCCAGAGCUUGUGUCUUCUAAUUAGAACUGUUUCUUGGAUUACAGAUUGUUAUUGUGUUAUGUGCCACAUAGUUUAUGUUCCUGUUUCUUUACUUGGAUCGGGAAUCAGGUAGCUAAAACAAGGAGUUCUGCAAAGCCUGCAAAUCAAGUAGUCUUGUUUUUAACAUGUAUUUCAUGGUACUAUAGCCUAAAAAGCGAUUGUGUAGGUGAUUUCUUGUAAUUGAUUCAGUUCUGCAAGGCCUUCAUCUUUAUGAAGCUAGUUCUUUGUUUUGUUGAAUAUUGGACCUACCAAAUGAUUUUUUGUGUAGAUAAGGCUCAAACUCAGUAUAUGUCUUGCAUGAAGCAAAUAUUUUCCUUAUUGCAACCGCAGUCUCUAAUGAUUGUCGUAUUCUUUUGGAGGAUUUAUUCAGUUUUACGCAACUUUUUAUGUUUCUCUUGAGGAUAUAAUACUUCAGGCUGUGUUGCUUUGGUUUUCCUUUUCAACUAUAGAUUGUAUCAUUUUUAUACUUGAUGCAAAACUGACUCCCCUUUUUUGCCACUUAGGCCCUCAGAUUGAGGUCAAAUGAGCUGAAGUUGGAAAAACAGCUGGAGAACCUGAAUGCUGAAAUCGGUUCAUACAAGUAUGUAGCUGCUUUUGCUUCAGCACCUUUUGCUAAUGUGUCAAAAGCAAAAACUUUUUCUAGAUGAGGUUAUGUCACUGUUAAAAGAGAUGUUUGAAUUACAGUGGGGCUUGAGAUAUUUGAAUAAGAGGUUGAAAUAGAAGUGGAUUUGGUGACAGAAAGUGAAUGUGGUAUAGCUUUACAAAUAUAUUAAAUACAUAGUCCGUCGUUUGACCUGGUUGUGGGUUUGAAUCCGAUUGCCCUGGAUUUGAAAACUCCUUGACAAUAUCUAAGGCAAACCUGGGGCCUUAUUGGAAGUGUGGGGUUUAUGCAUCUCUGAGUGUACGUCAACCUCAUUGUCUGCAUUGCUCCUGUUGCCUAUCGUGCAGAACUAAAAGGGAUCUGGAAAGAAAGGUUUCUAUGGCAGUUUUACAGCUGCUAUCAUCAUCUUUCUCUAGUUGGGUUUUAUUUAGCAAUUUCCUUUUCUCACUGUUCUGCAUAUAAAAUAAAGCUACUAAGUGUGCUUUUAUGCUUGACUGGUUGAAAUAAUAUUGUUAUAUUUCACCCACUUGUAUCCUCAUGUGUGGCAAGAGUGAUACUGUGUGGCAAAGUCAUGAUAUUCUUGCUGAAAAUGGCUGCAUGUUUACAAAACCAUUAUUCGAUUCUUUCAUCUCAGUUUGAUGAUGUGUUACCAUAUGGGUGGUCCAUCAGAUCCAUGUCAAUAUGUAAGGCCAAAUCUUAAUUUGACUAAGUGGAUCUGAACCACAAUCUAUAAACGAUUUUGGGAUGUUCAUAUGGACUGAGUAUGUGGCUUUUCAACAUUUGAGAGAAUUCUUAAGUUUGACCUUGACAGUGGGCCUUCAUUUCUAGCAAAGAGCUUUUGAUUUUGGCACAAUCGUUUCAACGUAUAUCUGUCUGUCAUACUUUGAACGAUGGUGGAUGUGCUCUGUAACCGUCUCCUAUCAAGUGCUGGUUCCUUUGUUAUUGAUUCCAGUUCAGCAUUGUUGCUUCUUUCCAGCUUAUGAUGACUACCACACUCUGUUUUUGUUGGAGGAGUUUUAAGCUGUAGCAAUAUCAACUUGCUUUCAAGAUUCUUGAUAAGCCUCAUGUUGAAACCCUGAAUGGGAGGUCUAAUUUUGCAGAAGGAAGCUAUCUAGCCUAGAGAAGGAGCGUUAUGAUUUUCAAUCUACGAUUGAAGCCUUGCAAGAAGGUAUGAAUUCCAUGGCAACAACUUUAGACUUUGUCACCAAAAGCGUUUUACGUUUUACUCUUCAUUUGUCUUCGUUGUCAACAAAAUGCUAGUUCGACUACAAAGGCAAUGCUUAGGUUUUUGAAGUUUGGAGCCACAUUCAACUUCCCUUUGACUUUGGAAUCCCGCUAAAAUUUCACUUGCAGCCAUAAGAGGGUCUCAUGUCUAUCAGGAUUAACCACUUACUUUUAGUAAUAGGUCUUUUCAACCCACUUUUUGUGUCUUAGAUAAAACUUGGAGCUCAUUAUCCUCAAAAGUUUCUGCAUCAUGUUGCUCUAUCAAGAAAAUUUAUAUGGUGAUAUAGAGCAUUUCAUCUGUCAAGGUGGAAACUUUGCACUACUGUGAAUGAUAAUUCUCUUUGUAUCAUUUUAAUUUUGAACUUUUUUGAGAAAGUUCCCAGGCUGGUGACAGUAUGAGAUGUUGACUUUUUAGACUUUGAUUGGUAAAUGUAUUUUUGUAGACACUUGCAUGUCAAAAUUACAUAGUUCUGGUGCUGAAUGGUUCUUCAUUUUUACAGAGAAAAAGCUUUUACUGUCUAAGGUACGUAAAACAACUUCAAAUGAUAGAGUUGAUACUCAGAGGACGUCUGCUCCAAAGAAAGAUUCAUUCACCUCUACAGAGGAUUUGGGUAUACUUUCAUAUUCUUUGUGGUUUAGUCAUGUGCGAAUGAAUUUCCUAGGAAUUCAAGUCAUGCAUUGCGAUUCAAGAAUCAUCUAUCAACUUCUCGGUACACAUUGCAUUAUUGCGAUAGCUAGGAUACGUGCAUGACAAAAUUUGAACCUUCCUGCUCAAGGGGGAAGGACUAGAUCAGAGCUAAAAGCAUCAUUCGGGACUUGGCUUUCAUCCUAAUCUUAUGAAAUAUAGUUUUGCUAAAACAAUUAGUGCCCGAUCACUAUCUUUUGACUUCUAAGGGUCCACAUUGUUUCCAGUCUUCCAGUUUGCUCUUAACUGGAGAAAAAUUAAAUUUUUUUUACCAUUUGUCAUACUUAUACUCCAGAUUCUAAAAAUACAUCUAUAUCUAUAUUUAAGAUUCUGAUGCAUAAGUAGCUCGCAAUAUUUUUUCACUGGAUGGUCACAAUUUUUUCAUAUGGAAUUGUAUGGAUAUUUGACUUAUACUGAUAUCACUUUCCAAGAUUACAGAGAAUAGAGAGAAUAAAGAAGAGAAAUAAAUAGAGGCUGAGUCUGAGUCUGAGGCUGUUCAACCACUUCUCCAUCAUUUUCCUCCAUCUAUGGAAGAUGCCCUUCUUGAGAUCAUUGGCAAUGAGAAGUGGCUUUGUUUUACCAAUUCUUCUUCUUUCAACUUCGGGGCAGAAGUUGGUCUCACUUCUGUCCAUCUCAUCACAUUGUCGCAUGUAUCAUUUUGUUGCUUUUUGGUCUGCUAGCAAGCGUUUUCAUUAUGCUUCUCCGGACUAUCAUGUUCCACAGACUUAGUUUUGACUUCCUUUAAUUUCCUUUUAAGUCUGAAUACACAACUUUCCUCAAGUAGCAAAUAGCUUGGGGCAUCACGGCUAUUGUAGUUCUGAUUCAGUAACUUGUCAUCUUCACAUUUCUCAUUUCAUUCAUUUCUUUGUGAACAUCCCUUUCCAUUCUUUACAUCUUUGUCUAAUGAUACUUCCUUCUGCUCUGGUCUUAAUCCUUCACCUUCUCUGCCUAUUAUUCUUAGUUGUCCUCUUGACAACCGGUCUCACUACUAAUUCCCCAACCCUUGAGCCCUCAUUACCUCCUCGUCCUCCAUUGUCUAUAUCUACACUUAUCCUCAUGAUCCUCGAGAUGAUUUUGUGUCUCAGAAACGUUAUGGAAAGUCUAGUGGACCAAACACGCCUAAUCCUUCUUUUGUUUCGUCUCUUACAAAUCUUCUACAACGUAACCUCCUAUAUCACCAUCAACCUCUUAAUCAGUUUGGUCUUAUUUUCGCAUAAUUUUUCUAUCCAAAGUUCUCUAUGUUUUCCGCAACCCUUCACUUCUACUAGAAGUAGUUUACUUGCAGUUUACUUGCUUUAGUUGCUGCAAGCUACUGACGAGGAGCUUCAGGCUUUUCAACUGGGCCGAACUUGGGAUCUUGUUUAUCUUUCUUCCAGCGCUUCUCCACGACCUACAAGUGAAUUGGCUCGAUUUAAACAAGUCUAAUAAUAGUAAUAGGAUUUUAAGGCUUUAUUUAUGGCACUCAGUUUCACUCAGGUGCAUGGCAUUGGUUAUUCUAGUCGCUAACGUUUGUAUCCCCAUUGUUGUACUAGUUAUUUAUCAAUGAUCUUUCUAUCAGCAUACUGUAAAGAGUCCCUUUCUUCACUAUGACCUUUCUAGGGAAGUCCACAUGCAGCCUUCUCCUGGUCAUUGGUCACUGUGUUUGACACCUUCGUUAGGCCAUAUACAGGAUCAGGCAAGUUCCUGAUAUCUCGCUUGAGUGGUUCCAUCUCAUUAUUGAUGCACAUUUCUAUUAGCCCUCCUGGUGUACCUCUUUGGCACUUUGCCUCUUCCUUAUAUUUCUUUGUUAGGCAAUUUGUUGAGAUACUCCCCAAGUCUUAGGUCUCCACACUUCAAAGAGCUUGUUAGCGAAUUCUUGCUAUUUGAUCUCUUAUGAAUUUAAGAGGGAGUGGUAAGAGACACUUGUCCACUACGUCUACAAUCUUGUCCUAUUUUAUUGUAUUUGUUAUCCUUUUUUUAGCUCUCGUACUGAUAUAUGUGUACAGAUAUAUAUCCAAAUACCUACAAACCUACAUAGUAUGACCACAAGAGAGGUAUGCUCUCUAGUUCUCCUAACUCUCUAGUUCUCCUUGUUCUCUCUCUCGUUAUAAUUGCUGUAGAAAAACGGUAUUCGACCUUUAACUAGUGUCAGAACCAAAUAGUCAUUUUAGUUUCAUAGCUUUUAUUGUGUUGAUUGCUACGUUUUAGUUUCAUGUAUUGUAAAACAGAUUACAUUUAUUAUUAUGACAACUGAAUGUUGUGAGCUUUUAACGAUAAUUCAGCCAACAAGAUUAAAUUUGUCUUUCUCCAAUUCAUUCUACUAUGAGGCUUGCUGGAAAUUUCUCUUUCGGGUCCAUUCCUUUUAUUCCUUAAAACGCUCCAUUCUUGUAAUCUUUUCAGAGAUCGAGGAUUCAACUCUUAUUGAUGGGGGUGAUUCUAUGGAAAUGAUGUCAAGCCCUGCUGUUGAUACCUUGCAAUCAAAUGAUAGGCGUGCCUCUCUCUCUAGUAAUGUCUCAAUGUUUAGUCACCAGUCAGAAACUGGAAAGCUCUUCGUUCAAGAUGCGCCUGGCAUGAUCCCUCCUGAACAGCUAAGAACGAUUGACAAUAUCAACUCAUUGAUUUCUGAGGUGAAUAGAUACAAUGUUUCAUUUGAAAUGAUUUCAGUGUUUGUUUGAGAAAUAAAUAUUUGACUAAUUUUGGCAAUGGAUAUCAUUACUCAUGGCUAGGCUAGUGCUCUAACUGGAAUAUAUGACAUUUCAGUUGGCACUGGAGAAAGAAGAGUUGAUCCGAGCAUUAAGAGUUCAGUCAACUGACUAUUCCAAGCUAAAGGUUGUAGCAAUUUUCCUGACCCUUGCUGACUCAUAUGACUUAUCCUGACUUACAAUUAUUUCAUGGUCUGAUUGUAUGUGUCAUUCACGUUAUUAUCUUUAAAUUUACAGCUUUUAAUUUUAUUUUCUGGACGGUUUUAUUUUUAAUCAAAAUAAAUCACUCCGUAUGUAAUGAAUCUUAAAGAAUAAAUACCUUUGAGAAUAAUCACCUUAAGAUGGUAUCAGUGUUCUGUGUAAGCAAUGCUACAUCUUUCAGAAGGUUGUCUACAAUAUGGAAGAUCUAUAGUGGUCAUCAAAUGGUUAUUUUCUUAGUUCAUUUGAGCGGAGACAAUUGAUCCCAUCACUUGAAGCAAGUUGGAAACCCAAUGUUUUGGAUCGUUACAAAUGAUGUCCUGCGAACCAGUGAAGUUCCAUCUUUUACUAAAUGUUGAUGAUAGUAUUUUUUGAUUUUGUCUUAUGUUUGAGUCCUUUACUUUGGUCAGUUAAAUGGAGAGAAUUUACCAUAAAUAACCAUUAGAUUUAAAGUUAUUUACAAAAGUGCAAAGCAGUUGACCAUGAGAAUAUUAAGUUUUGUCCUGUUCUCUCGCUUACGGUUUUUUCCUGGAUGUGCCAGUGAACAUAGAAAAAUAGUAACUAAUGGUAAUUUUUACUGAGUAUGGCGUGAUAAUACUAGCGAACCACACUUUUUUUCCUAGUUUUUAUGGGCCUCUCUUUCCAGUGUGGCACUCAAAAAACAAUGGAUUGAAUGUUUAGGUUGUUUUUUUCUUCUUUGGCUUGCGAUGGAGCAUGGGGAACUAUAAGAUGUUUUUAGAGAAAGGAUAUGAAGAGCAAUGGGAGAAAAAGUCAACUAUGGCAUGUUAGCAUGACUGAUGCAAUAAUCAUUGUUGUUGAGUCCACGUUAUACAUUUAACUAAGAGCGUCCACAACUUUGGAUUUAUCAUGCGAAGUGGUAGAGAAUCUAAUGAAUGAUAAAAAGGACCACUUCUGGCACUCUCCGCGUUCAAAAUAUAUUUCUGAGUUUGCAGGGUCAUUGGACGGGCAACUGUGGAGAGAUUUAUGUUAUUUGAUUUGAGAAAUAGAGAAUGAAAUAUAUGUAAAUAAAAUUAAAGUUACUGAGACGAUGAUGCCUAAGUCGGGCACAGAAACAACAUAAAUGGUGGUACUGAAAUGGAAUUAUUUGAUAUUGAGUUUUAAUCGAACCAAUCUACUUGAAAAGGGAAAGAAGCUUGAGGAAAGGUUUUAGCCAUAUCGAAUGCAGGUCAUAUACAUGUUAAACUUGGGUGUUAAAUUCAGUUGGAGAAAAAAGAAGAGGGAAGGACUGACAAGAUUUGUUUUCUACUUUUUGUCGAACCUUUUAGCACUUGAUAGCCAAAGAAGAAGGAAACAGAAAGGGAAAAACUUGUUAAUCACAUGGCUCAAGCUAAAGAUCCUCUAGAUCCUUUUUCUUAUCCAUAUCUUCCCAAUCCAUUCAUUGCAUUUUUAUUUUUAUUUUUAUUUUUAUUCUUCCUGCAUAGUGAUUUCCCUGGUAUUUAAUAUUCAACUUGGAUACAAUCUCCAUUACAUGUAUGCCUGUUGUGGAUUACCAUUAUAUAUUUUUAAUACUUUGCCUUUUGAUUCUCCGGAAGAUGACCAAUGUAUAAUAUAAUCCUUAAGCCAGCUUGUUUGUGAUUUCAAGGUCUGUUGGGGCAUUUUUUUUUAUCUUAAAAUAACUAAUGAAAGAAAUUAGUUGAUUUGAUUUGACAAGUUCACAGUCAAUAUUUUAUUAUAUUCCAUAUGCACGGCAUUAGAAUAGAAAGGGGAUUCAUUACUCCUGUCUAACGGCAUACAAUGCAACCUCUUAACUUCUAUACACCUUUUAUUAUGAUCGCCUGUUAAAAAAGAUUAAACUGGCAUUUUACUAUAAUGAUGACCCAUGCUCCAGGUAGGUUUGCACUGUGGCUUUUCCUAUCUUUCCACAGUGCAUUUUAUGGCUUGAUUUAAUUUGUGUUUUUUUUUUUAUUCACCGUGAUCAAGUUGGGUUUCUAGCUGUCAUACUUGUACAAAACCCUCAUUAUUUGAUCUCUUGGUUGAAGGACACAAACAAGGAGUUAUCUCAGAAGUUGGAGACUCAGACUCAAAGACUAGAGUUUCUAGCUGCUCAGCAUAUGGCAAGUGAGAGUAUGCUGGCAAGGCCACUACAUGCUCAAAGUAUACCAGAGACAACUGGGUAUACUGAUGAAGGAGAUGAGGUCAGUUGUCUAGAUUUAGAAUUCCUGUCAUCCUUCCUGCUGAGAUAUAUAUCUAGUUUUCAGAUGAUAUAUAUAUAUAUAAUCCAUGGGUAGAAGAAAUCUAUCGCUUGAUGUUCAUCUUUGGUACCGAAAUCAUUGCGAUGCUGUUAAGUGGACUGUGAUCAUCUUUGUUUCAUUCCACUCAUCGUUACUUGUUCCUUUGCUUUGCUGAAAUAAAUAUAUUAUUGAACUUGGUAUGGUUUUUCUCAUUUCCUUUGUGCAAUCUUCUGGGAAAUCUCAUGCUUAAUGAAACAUCUUGCUCUGUUUCUUAAACAGGUUGUGGAGAGAGUCUUGGGUUGGAUAAUGACACUGUUUCCUGGAGGCCCAUCGAAGCGUCGCACCAGCAAACUUCUGUGA